AUGCAAUAGAACAAGGUUUGGAGAAAGAUUAAUUAUGACAUUAAGGAGAAGCCUAUACUUUAGUUCAAAUUUCAGAAGGUUGGCAAGAAAUCUAAUGACAUUUAUAUUGGAUGUUUUAAUGAAUAUCUCAUAAAAUAUAAAGAUCAAUUCUAUACGACGCCUUAUAAACUAUUUGAUCUGGAAUUCACUAGCAAAUUUGAAGUGAUAAGAACUCCUCCGAAAUUAAAAUAGGAGAAACAUCAUAGCAAAGUUAGAGGAGAAGAGAUAUUAGAUUUAGGGGAAAUAGUAGCUAUUCGUUUGAUUGUGGAAAAUAUUGAGAAACCCUAUGAAAUUUAAGGAAAAACUGAAUAGAUGCACCAAUUAAGGGACUUUUUGGGAAAAAAAAUAAAUUAAAUUGGAUUUCACAAUUUAUUCCGUGUUUAUAAAAAAAUUGGGAGAGGAAAUUUCGCAUCUGUUUAUUUGGCUGAAAGAAUAGAAGACAAUUUAAAAAUGGCAGUGAAGGCAUUUUCAAAACAAAUUGUUUAUAAUGAAGAAAAAGGAAGAGAAGGAUUAAUCAAUGAAAUCUAAAUAAUGAGAGAGUUAGAUCAUCCUAAUUUAAUGAGUUUGUAUGAAGUGUAUGAAACAAAGAAUUCUAUCUAUAUGGGUCUUGAAUUAUUAGAAGGAGAUCAAUUAUUCGAAUAUUUAAAAAAGAAAAUCUCCUUCACAGAAAAACAAGUAUAGAGUAUAAUGGUUGGGUUACUCAUGGGUCUUAAACAUAUGCAUUCAAAAGGAAUAAUGCAUAGAGAUUUAAAAUUGGAAAAUAUCUUAUUUAAAUAACAGGGCAAUUUCGAUUCUGUGGUUAUUGCUGAUUUCGGAUUGGCCACUCAUGUAAAUAAGAAACCAUAUUUAUACUAAAAAUGUGGUACUCCUGGAUUUGUUGCACCAGAAAUCAUUAAUCUAAAAAAUGUAUAUCAACCUUAUGAUUCAGUUUGCGAUGUCUAUUCAAUGGGAGUUGUCUUUUAUAUUUUAUUGACUGGGAGACCUGCCUUUACUGGCAAGACUUAUAACACAAUUGUGAAACAGAAUAAGGAAGCCAAUAUUAACUUUGAUUCCCCACAUUUCUAAAAUGCUCCAAAAGAAGCUUAAUAACUGCUAUUUCAAAUGCUUUAAAAGGAGCCUAUAUCAAGAAUCAAGAGCAGUGAAGCCUUGUUGCAUCCAUAUUUGCAAAGUGCUUUGCUGAUUGAUGAAGAUGAGGCUCAUAUCUCAACCGAUGAUGAUCCCAAUCUUAUGGAGAGAAUUAAAAUGCUAAACAAAUAAACUGAGAAAGUUGAUUUUACCAGAAUCAAAAGAUAAAAUAGUUAGAAUGUUAAAGAACUACGACUAUAAGCCACUUAAGAAUUGAAGUAAAAUUAGACGUCAGAUGAAGAACUUAAAAUAAUCAUGAGGACACCAGUUAUUACAGGAAGAAUUAAUUCUGUUGAAAAUUCCCCUAUGCUGAAAUGCCUAUCACCAUUCUAAAGUACUGGUUAUGACGAAAUAGCCCAAGAUUAAUUGGUUUUGUAAAGAUAUUCUGGAAAAACACUAAAUAUUUGA